AUGUCUUCCAGCCCAAUCCACCCAGAUCUCGAAAAUGCAAGCCCACCAAGAUCCUCAUCAUGGCUUGCAUCCGCCUUUGGAGGUAGAAACCUCGUGGUCGGCCCGCGCAUCGAACCGCUCCCCAACGGCAGCCUGCCCAAGACCAUCCGCGAUAGCGACAGUCAGACGGCUGACCUCGUGGACAAACAGCCCGUCUUCGAAGUGGGCAACACCAUUCAGUACCGGACAUGUUCUUGGCAAAAGACGGCCGGGCUUCUGUUCAGCGAGUACAUUGUCCUGUCCAUCAUGAGCUUUCCUUGGUCUUACAGCUUGCUCGGCCUCGUCCCCGGCUUGAUCCUCACGGCCUUGAUCGCCGGCGUUGUGUUAUACACGAGCUUGAUUCUCUGGGAGUUCUGUCUACGACAUCCCGAGGUUAGAGAUAUCUGCGAUAUUGGACAGAUACUCUGCUGGAAUAAAAAAUGGGCGUGGUGGUGUACAGCGAUUAUGUUCACCCUCAACAACACCUUCAUUCAAGCCCUCCACAUCCUCGUCGGCGCCAUCUACCUCAACACCAUGACCGUGUCCGAUCCAAUCCGGGCAUGUCGCACUGUCGCAUUUGCCAUCGUCGUCACAGCCAUCAGCUGGCUAGGUUCUCUACCACGCACAUUCGACAUGAUGGCCAAACUCGGUGCCAUAUCGACAUUCUUCACCUUCAUCUCGGUCAUCCUGGCCACAGCAUUCACGGCUGCCCAGGGCGAGCCGGCGGGAUAUCCUUCAAUGGGCGAACCAAUCAUCUCCAUCUGGACGCCAAAGACCACAACUCUCGUGAUGGGAAUGUCAGCCUUCUUGAACAUAAGCUUCACAUUUAUGGGGCAGCUCACGCUCCCUAGCUUCAUUGCAGAGAUGCGCGAGCCUCGAGACUUUCCUAAAGCGCUGUGGGUUUGUACGAUUGCUGAGAUCAUCACAUUCAGCGUCGUUGGCACCGUCAUCUACGUAUACACCGGCAAUCAAUACAUGGUGACCCCAGCCUUUGGUGCCCUGGAAACCGUCUACAAGAAGGUGUCGUAUUCAUUCAUGGUUCCCACGAUAGUAUUUGUCGGAUGCCUCUAUGCCUCUGUCACUGGCCGAUUCAUCUUCUUUCGGAUGUUCCAGGACUCCCGUCACCUCACCGAGCACACCUUCAAGGCUGGUUCUGUGCUGUCUGUCAUGGCGUCGCUAUUCAACUGUUGGUUUGGCUUCAUCUUCUGGGGUCUAGCCUGCUUUCGCAUGCGGAACGCAGAUCGAAGGAUGGGUAAAGCGCGAAAGUCUCACCUUGAUUACAUGUCAAUCGUCUUGAGCAUCGCCCUCAUCUUGAUCGGCUUCUUGUAUCUCACCUUGGGUACAUACGUGAGUGUUCAAGGCAUCAUUGAUCAGUUCAAGGAAGGAAACGUGAGCGGAGUUUUCUCCUGCAAGAGCAACGGUCUGUAG